GACGGAGCUGGCGGCCGGGCUGGAGGGGAAGAUGGCGGCGGAGAGGGAGCCCCCGCCGCUCGGAGAGACGCGGCCCAACGAGUUCGAGGAGCUGGAGGAUGGCGAGGACCUCUUCACCAGUACCGUGUCAACUCUGGAGGCCGCCGGUAUCGCACUCCAGAGCGGAGCCCCCGGCUCCCGCCCGAACCUCCGGCCCGGCCUCCGGCGGCAGCCCCGCCGCCCCUCUCUGUUCCGGGAGCGACGGCUCCUCAGCGCUGCCUUCGCGGCGGUCAAGUCCUUCAUCUCCAGAGCCAGCAAGUCUGCCUGCAGAAGACCUCAGCACAAACUCCAAUGGUCCAAAGCCUGCAGAAAUUAUGCUAGAUGAUGACAGAGAAGAUCUGUUUGCUGAAGCAACAGAAGAAGUUUCAUUGGACAGUCCAGAGAGGGAUCCAAUACUUUCACCAAAACCUACUCCUGCGGUCACUCCUGUAACACCUACUACAUUAGUAGCUCCCAGGAUGGAAUCGAAAAGUGUGACAACCCCUGUGAUUUUUGAUAGAUCCAGAGAAGAGAUUGAAGAGGAAGCAAACGGAGAUCUGUUUGAUAUAGAAAUCAAUGUAUCAGACCCAGAGAAAGUUGGAGAUGGCAUGAAUGCUUAUAUGGCAUACAGAGUAACAACAAAGACAUCACUUGCUAUGUUCCACAAAAAUGAAUUCUCUGUUAAAAGAAGAUUCAGUGAUUUUCUUGGCUUGCACAGCAAAUUAGCAACAAAGUACAUGCAUAUUGGUUACAUUGUGCCUCCAGCUCCAGAAAAAAGUAUUGUAGGCAUGACCAAGGUUAAAGUAGGCAAGGAGGAUUCUUCAUCUACUGAAUUUGUAGAGAAAAGAAGAGCAGCUCUAGAAAGGUAUCUACAACGAACAGUAAAACACCCAGCCUUGUUACAGGAUCCCGAUUUAAGACAGUUCUUGGAAAGUUCCGAGCUGCCAAGAGCAGUUAACACUCAGGCUCUGAGCGGAGCAGGAAUAUUGAGGAUGGUGAACAAGGCUGCCGACGCUGUCAACAAAAUGACAAUCAAGAUGAAUGAAUCGGAUGCAUGGUUUGAAGAAAAGCAACAGCAAUUUGAGAAUCUGGAUCAGCAGCUUAGGAAACUUCAUGCCAGUGUUGAAGCAUUAGUCUGCCACAGAAAAGAGCUUUCAGCCAACACGGCUGCCUUUGCUAAAAGUGCUGCCAUGUUAGGUAACUCCGAGGACCACACUGCUCUCUCUAGAGCUUUGUCGCAGCUUGCAGAGGUUGAGGAGAAGAUAGAUCAAUUGCAUCAGGAACAAGCUUUUGCUGAUUUCUAUGUGUUCUCAGAACUUCUUGGUGACUACAUUCGUCUCAUUGCUGCAGUGAAAGGUGUGUUUGAUCAUCGAAUGAAGUGCUGGCAGAAGUGGCAAGAUGCUCAGGUCACUUUACAAAAAAAACGUGAGGCUGAAGCAAAGCUCCAACUUGCAAACAAACCUGAUAAAUUGCAGCAAGCUAAAGAUGAGAUAAAAGAGUGGGAGACAAAAGUUCAGCAAGGGGAAAAAGACUUUGAACAGAUCUCCAAAACCAUUCGCAAGGAAGUGGGAAGAUUUGAGAAGGAACGAGUCAAAGACUUUAAAACUGUUAUUAUCGAAUACUUAGAGUCAUUAGUGCAAACACAACAGCAGCUAAUAAAAUACUGGGAGGCAUUCCUGCCUGAAGCCAAAGCCAUCGCCUAAAACAAUAUUCCAAAUAGGAAGACAAUGGGGAUGUUUGUUCUGGAUAAAACUAAAUUCCACAGUGAAAUCACUUUAAAUCAUCUAAAUAAACCACUAUAUAUUUUAUGAAUUAA